UUAAGCUAGACAAUUAUUGAUAAGAUUAUCACCCAUGAUGCUGACAUCUCAAACUUGAUGUCGAAAACAAUAUCAAAUCAUUGUUGUUCCACACUUGGUUAGAAGUCUUGAAUCAGUUCAGUGGUAAUUAUUUUCAUAUUAAAGAUACAAUGGCUUUUGUUUGCGUUGCCGAUUUUGAAAAGAAAGCCCAAACAGUUCUUGAGAAGAAUGCAUUGGAUUAUUAUCGUUCUGGUGCUGGUGAUCAAUAUACCUUGAAUCGAACUAGAGAUGCAUUCAGAAAAUUACGUAUUCGCCCAAGAUUUUUAAGAGAUGUGUCUAAAUUGGAUACAAGUACAACAGUUUUAGGAUGCAAAGUUAAGUGGCCAGUUGGAAUUGCACCAACUGCAAUGCAACGUAUGGCACACCCAGAUGGAGAAAUAGCUAAUGCCCGAGCUGCUGGCCAAGCAGGAAGUGUUUUUAUACUAAGCACCUUAUCUACAACAUCUAUUGAAGAGCUUGCUCAAGGAGCACCGGAUACCGAUAAAUGGUUUCAGCUUUAUGUUUACAAAGACAGAUCGCUAACAGAAAGACUCGUACGCAGAGCUGAAAAGGCCAAUUUCAAGGCGUUAGUUCUUACAAUUGACGCACCCAUUUUCGGACAACGACGUUCUGAUAUUCGAAAUAAAUUCGGUUUACCUCCGCAUUUACAGUUAAGCAACUUUUCAGAAGCUUCAACACAAGCCGUCAAAAGCUCAGGAAAAGGUUCUGGCAUCAACGAAUAUGUGAUGAGUCAAUUCGAUCCACAACUCACAUGGAAGGAUGUCGAAUGGUUAGUCAAAAUUACAAAACUACCUGUUAUUGCCAAAGGAGUUCUUACCCAUGAAGAUGCUGUAUUGGCAAAGGAAUUUGGCUGUAAGGGUAUUAUUGUCUCGAAUCACGGAGCAAGGCAACUAGAUUCAGUACCAGCUUCAAUUGAAGCUCUACCAGAAAUUGUUAGAGCUGUUGGAAAUGAUUUAGUCGUAAUGAUGGAUGGUGGAAUAAAUGAUGGCAAUGACAUCUUAAAGGCUUUAGCAUUGGGUGCUAAGAUGGUGUUUAUUGGACGAGCUGCUUUAUGGGGUCUAGCUUGUGGUGGACAGAAGGGCGUUGAAGAAUUACUUGAUAUUCUGAAGAAGGAUUUAACAAUUGCUAUGACCCUUUCUGGUUGCACAAAUUUGAAACAAAUUCAACCAAAUUUAAUUGUUCAUGAAUCACAUUAUGCUAAAUUGUAAUAAAACUGUAUUAGUAAGCAAAAUUUGAUAAA